GUCGGGGAUUCCUAGCUGACGUCAUUACUCCACUUCCACGAUAGAGAUCCAAAAUGGCGACGUUGACCAUGAAAGUUGCUCGCUGUCCCACGGAUGAGCUGUCACUCACCAACUGUGCCGUAGUCAAUGAUAAGGACUUGGAUGUUACUAAAAUAAAACAUAUCAAGGUUCACCCUACACCUAACCACACAUAUAUAUUUACCAUCAAGAGCCACAAUGCCAUUGUACCGGGAACUGUGGGCUUUAGUCUGCCUCAGAGAAAGUGGGCCAUGUUGUCCCUCAACCAGGAGAUUGGAGUCAUGCCAUACAAGUUUGACCCAAACACUCAGUAUAUCAGUAGCAUAACUUUAGAAGUUGACUUCUUACAAAAGAAAAAUACCACAACAGAAGCCUACAACACAGAGACGAUGGCGAUGGAGUUUCUGAUGCAGUUUCCACAGCAAGCCUUCACACAGGGUCAGCAGCUCGUCUUUGAAUUUCAGGGAAAGAAAUUACUUGGACUGACAAUCAAAGAACUUGAAGUGAUGGACAUGGGAUCUGGAAAACCAAAACAAGCACGUCUUGGUAUUACUAUGCCAAACACAAAUGUGUUUUUUGAAAAGGCAGAAAAUUCUGUUGUCAACUUGACUGGAAAAGCAAAAUCAAAACAGUCCUUCCAGUCUAUCAUAAACCCAGACUGGGACUUCACCAAGAUGGGUAUAGGAGGCCUGGACAAUGAAUUCUCAGCUAUCUUUAGGAGAGCAUUUGCUUCCAGGGUUUUUCCACCCGAGGUAGUAGAACAACUAGGUAUGAAGCAUGUACGAGGUAUUUUGUUGUUUGGACCCCCUGGUACAGGAAAGACCCUUAUGGCCAGACAAAUAGGUAAAAUGUUGAAUGCUAGGGAGCCUAAGAUCAUUAAUGGCCCUCAAAUUUUGGACAAAUAUGUGGGUGAAUCAGAGGCCAAUGUAAGGAAAUUGUUCUUGGAAGCAGAGGAGGAGGAAAAGAGGUGUGGAAUCAACAGUGGAUUACACAUCAUCAUUUUUGAUGAGAUAGACGCCAUAUGCAAGUCCAGAGGUUCCGUGGCGGGCAACACUGGUGUCCAUGAUACUGUGGUCAACCAGCUACUGGCCAAAAUAGACGGUGUUGAGCAACUGAACAAUAUUCUUGUCAUUGGUAUGACUAACAGAAAAGACAUGAUAGAUGAAGCUUUGACAAGACCUGGAAGAUUGGAGGUGCAGAUGGAAAUAGGUUUACCUGAUGAAAAUGGCCGUGUUCAGAUUCUGAAUAUCCACACAGCUACAAUGCGUGAGAAUGGAAAACUAGCUGAUGAUGUCGAUAAUUUAAAGCUGGCCGAACUAACAAAGAAUUUCAGUGGGGCUGAAAUUGAGGGAUUGGUACGAGCUGCCACAUCAACAGCAAUGAACAGGCUCAUAAAGGCUUCAAACAAGGUAGAGAUAGAUCCUGAUGCUCCUGACAGGCUGAAAGUCACCUGGGCAGACUUUAUGAAUGCUCUGGAGAAUGAUGUUAAGCCAGCCUUUGGUACCAGUGCCACAGAGGUCAGUGCUUAUGUGGCCAAUGGUAUAAUACCCUGGGGAGCCCCGGUGGCACGCAUUUUAGAAGAUGGAGAACUGUUGGCCAAACAGGUGAAGGAAAGUGAAAGAACCCCAUUGGUUGCAGUGCUUUUGGAGGGUCCCCCUGGCAGUGGGAAGACUGCUUUGGCAGCACAAAUUGCCAAGAAUUCAGAUUUUCCAUUCCUCAAGAUUUGUUCCCCAGAAAACAUGAUAGGAUUCCAUGAGUCGGCCAAAUGUCAGCAAAUCAAAAAGAUAUUUGAUGAUGCCUACAAGUCUCAGCUCAGUUGUGUUAUUGUUGAUGAUAUUGAGAGAUUGCUAGAUUAUGCUCCUAUUGGCCCCCGUUUCUCCAACUUGGUUCUGCAAGCCCUGCUGGUGUUGUUAAAGAAAGUGCCACCACAUGGCAGAAAACUGCUUGUGAUAGCAACCAGCAGCAGGAGAGAUGUGCUGCAGGAUCUGGAGAUGACCAAUGUCUUCAAUGCCAGGAUCCAUGCGUAUAAUCUGUCCACUGGGGAACAGCUGCUGGCAGCUCUGGACGGCAUGGACGCCUUCACCAAGAAGGAGAUGGAGGAUAUUACCAAAGCAGUGGACGGCAAAAGGCUGUGCAUUGCUAUCAAGAAGUUACAGGUUCUGGUGGAAAUGGCAAGACAAACGGAGGAGGGUGAAAGAGUCCCAAAGCUGAUCACUCUAUUACAAGAGGAAGGUGGAUUAGAGGAUUGAUGUAUUAACCAACUGAACAAACUGUGAAGAACUCAAGCUUCCAUUUUUCAGUGUAAGGAAACAGUUCCUCUGAUCUCUUGAAAAGUUCAUGUAAUUUUUACUGUCAAGAUGGAGGAGGAAAUAGAUUAUUCAGUGGUACACAGUAGAUUUAAAGUAUUGUGUGUUGUGCCAAGUAAGUUACCCCUUAAGAAAGGAAAAAUCAUUCCAAAAAUUUCUGUAUCUCCAAAUGUGAUGGCAAGUUUUGGAUGUUUGUUGAUUGCUUACACUGUACCAUUUGAUUUCUUUAUGGCAGUUUUAAAGACCUUUCAACAACUGAUGCACAUUGUGCACAUUUUAGAAAUUGGAAACAUUGUUAUUUAUAAAGAUAAAUGUGAAAACAUUAUAAAUUUAUCAAUUAAAAAUGUAUAAGAAUAAAUAAAUGCAAGUGUACCAAGUGACAAUUAAAAAAAAAAUGUUUAGUAGUGAUGAUCUGCAUUGUGCAAUAUGUAAAUGUUCUCAUUAAGUAUAAGUUCUGGUCAAGAGCUGUUUUACGUAGGGCUCAUUCCCAAUGGAACUUUCAUUCUACGUAGAUUCAUCUAACUCCGUGGGUACUCUCACUAAGUGCAAUCAGAUUAACACACCUCCUGGCGUUGAGCAGAAUACAGAAAAGCUGGUACGAGUAUGUUGGAAAUGGGGAGGUGUGUUAAUGUCUUAAUCUGCUUCAUUCAGGGAGAGUCCCCAUGGAGUUGGAUUGAUCUAUCUAGACUGAUAGACUGGGUUCCCACAGAUUUAGAUCGAUCCAUCUGGAUCGACCUAACUCCCUGGGGCUUCACGCUAAAUUGCUGUCAGCUUCCGGGAGCCGAGCGUGCACAAAAGUUAAUUACCCCCCCCCCCCCCCUUACAGCUUUUAGUAGGCGGGACAGACAUUUAAGCUGGUUAAGCUGACAGCAAGCUAGUGAGACUCCCCAGGGGGAUAGAUCGAUCUAAAUAUCUGUGGAAAUGGUCUCAUAGUUUCAUGGGGAUUGGGUCCAUACACUCUGCUUAGACGUAAAUGUUUAUUCUCAACUUGAAUCUUAAUUAUUGGUUAGAAAUCACUCUUAGACUUCAAACGGUCUAUUAUAGAAGUGUCCAUUGAAGACUGUACAAAAUAUACAUACUGAUAGGAUAUGGCUGUACAAAGUCAGUUUGUAGAAAGUAUACUUCAGACUGGUUGCUAGGCCCAAAGAGGGGAAAAUAAACAUGGUAUUUAUGAUCAAAUAAAAAAAUGUGAAUGGA